AUGAGACUCGAUUGGAGGUGGCACUGGGCCACGGAGGGCUUGCAGGCCACGCGGGCGAGCCUAGACCAGGAGAGGGAGCAGGGCAAACUCUUGCGAGAGGAGCUGGCGAAGGCAAACUCCGAGAGGGCGCAGGCGGACUCGGAGCGCCGAGCGGAGCACCUGCAGGCUGGGGAGAUCGCCUCGCAGGAGCUGGAGCGGGCGCGGGCCGAGGUGGAGUUCCUCCGCCGCUCCCUGGAGAAGGCCGCGGCCGAGGCGGAGGAGGCCAGGGCGGAGGAGAAGGGGCUCGAGGCCCGCCUGGCGGGCGCGCUGCAGGAGUGCGGGGCGCAGCAGGAGCGCUGCCGUCGCGCGGAGCGGGAGCAGGGCCAGGCGCAGGCUGAGUGCCAGGAGCUGCUCCGCGACGCUUCGGGCCGCGCGGAGCGCGCCGGCGUCGCCCAGACGCUGCUCGAGGGGCGCGUGCAGGCCGUCCAGGAGCAGCUCGGCGCGGCCGCCGAGGAGGCGGAGGAGGCCCGCGGGCGCUGCGCACGGCUCUCAGCGGAGCUCGGCGCCCUGAGCGCCUGGCGCGAGGAGGCGCGCUCUGGCGAGGCGCAGGCCGCCGACGAGUACCACGAGGCGCUGGAGGCCUCGGGGCUGCGGGAGCAGGUCCUCGAGGCGGAGGUGGCCCGGCUGCACGAGGCUUCCACCGCGGCAGAGGCGCGGGCCCAGGCCGCGCGGAGCGCAGCCGCCGCCGCGGAGCGGGCCGCCGCCGAGGCGCGGGGCGACGCCGAGACGGGUGCCGAGGAGGCGCAGGCGCGCGCGCGCGCGGAGCCGCCCGCCGAUGCUCAGGCGGCUGGCGCGCGCGCCGCCAGAGAGGCCUGCCGCGCAGAGGCCGCCGAGGCGGAGCUGGAGAGCUUGCGCACGGAGGCGAGGUCUGCGGCGGACGACGCGGACGGCAGCAGGACGGCUCUGGGGUUGCCGCCUGGGCCGCCGAUCGCGCUCAACACGGCUGGGCGCGUUGUCGCGCCAGUGGGGCCGCCUGCAGGUAUUGUCGCUGCCGCCGCCCCGGCCCCGGCGCCGGCUGAACCCGCCGCAGCCGUAGCCGCCGCUGGAGGCGCAGCCCUAGGCGGCCUCGCGGCAGGGCUCGCGGCCAUCGCUGGCGCUCCAGGUGGUGACGCCAGGAUCCACACGGUCACGCUGGAUACGCAGGGCGUGAGGUACGUCGACGUCCGCGCUGCCGUGGUCCAGGUCCACGAGUUGCCAUGGGGCGACUGGCCUUUCAAGGGCCCACGCACGCUCCUGUGGGUGCUCAGCUUCAUCUGCCGAAAUGGAGGGACGCCCCUGGGCCGUCACACCAAGUGGGUCGCGGAGGGCUACUUGGAGGCGGACGCCCCAGGGGUCGACACGCACCUCCUGUGCUGCCGCCUGCUGGAGCUCGGGGUCGUCUACGACCAGCUCCACGUCACCAACCUGGCGGCCAUGGAGCUGGUCGGCCGCACGCUUCAGACGCAGGAGGAGCUCUACCGGGACAGGUUCGCGGCGUCGUCGGAGUUUGGCUCGGACGCUGCGCUGAUGUCGGGUGCGCUGGACGCUGGCGGCAACGCGUGCGUGGCGCCGGCCCUGCGCGACUGGCUGGCGUCCGAGACGGCGCGCGAGGCGAGCAUCGCCAGGGAGCGCCGCAAGGCGAGGGAGGAGCGACUCCUGGCCGCCGGCGGCAGCAGCAGCGAUGGCCGCGGCAGAGCUCACAAGGGGCUGCGCCAGUCCAUCAUGCACAUCUCCGACAGCGUCGACGAGCUGGGAGCCCCGCCCGCGGAGUUCUGGUCCGCCAGCGCUGGUGAAGACGGAGCCCUCUGGGAGUUCCUCUCCUGCGCCAACCUGCAUGGUUCCGGCGCCGCUACGUCAGCCCCCUUCGUCAGCGACAAGGUCGCGCGGCCCUCUGUCGGCGCGGCGCCCGUCAACAUCGUGGACGUGGCGCAGCCCGCGGACAAGGCCUGGCUGGAGGACUGGCGGCGUCAUAUGCUUCGCGAUCGGUGUGCCGCAGAGGCUUUGGCAGAUUCCGCUUGUCCCAAGGGACCGUACUGCAACUCUGCCUUGACUCGCGAUGUGAGCACGCACGGUCAGUUUUUGAUACAGAUGUUUCAGAGGCAGAUGGUGACCUUUUCGCAGCUGACAAUGGUUUUUGGACUCGCCGCGUACGAGACUGCCUUCGGCGGCAUCCUUCGGCUCGUUCGAGGCGCCGUCGGGCGGCAUGCACAUGUCCACGCGCGAUAG